UUCGUCGCUACACUGGGUGAAUUCUUCGGGACGACCAUGUUCUUGUUCUUUGCAUUUGCCGGUACACAAGUCGCCAACAUCGGAUCCAGCGGGAAUCAAGAUCAGACCACAACGAACGCAUCGACUGGUUUUAGUCCCAUUGUGCUGCUCUACAUCUCGCUAUCAUUCGGCUUCAGUCUGAUGGUGAAUGUUUGGGUCUUCUUCCGUAUUUCAGGUGGACUAUUCAAUCCCGCCGUCACUCUCGCGAUGGUCAUCGUCCAAGGUGUAGGAGUCGUACGAGCAGUCUUGCUGGUCGGCGCGCAGAUUUGCGGUGCGAUCUUCAGCUCCUACAUCGUAUCCGUACUCUUCCCAACAACAUUCAACGUGCGCACCACAUUAUCCGACGGCACAUCCGUCGUCCGAGGUGUCUUUAUCGAAGCCCUCCUCACCGCCGAACUCGUCUUCACAAUCUACAUGCUGGCAAACGAAAAGCACAAAGCAACCUUCAUGGCCCCAAUCGGUAUCGGUCUCGCCCUCUUCAUCGCCGAAAUGGUCGGUGUCUAUUAUACAGGCGGAAGUCUGAAUCCGGCCCGAUCUUUCGGUCCUUGUGUCAUCUCCGGCGUUUGGGAUUCCGAACAUUGGAUUUACUGGAUCGGUCCUUGCGCUGGUGCUUUCAUAGCUUUUGGUUUCUAUCGCUUUAUCAAGAUGCUGGAAUAUGAAAUGGCGAAUCCUGGACAAGAGAGUUCGAGUAAAGAGGAGGCUGCGGCGGAGGCCGCGGAAAUGACACCGAAGAAGGAGAGUGUGUAG